CAGCUGCGUCGCUGCUUCAUCCUCACCACUGCCACCACUACCGUCUACCACCUCCAGACUCCCUUUCAUCCCCUUCACAGUUAGCGCGUCUGCGCUGCUAACUCCACCACUACCACCACCAUGGAUUACGAGAUGGACAUCGAGCCCACCGGGCCCCAAGUCACUGUCCGCGAGGCGGAGCCCAACCGCGUCGACUUCAAACUCACCUCGGUGGACCUAGCCUUCGCCAACUCCCUCCGCCGAACGAUGCUCUCGGAGAUCCCGACAAUGGCCAUCGACCUCGUGGAAGUGGAAAAAAACACCUCGGUCCUACCCGACGAAUUCCUCGCCCACCGACUGGGCCUUAUCCCACUAAACAGCAAAAAUUGCGACCAAGACGUCGAGUACACCCGCGACUGCGAAUGCGAGGACCACUGCGCGCGGUGCUCCGUGACCCUGACGCUACACGCGCGGUGCACCGGCGACGAUAUCAUGCGCGUGUAUGCGCGCGAUCUCGUCGUGAACGGGGAACGGGCGAACGAGUGGGUGGGCAAUCCGGUGAUUUUGGACCCGGAGGGAAAUGGACCCUUGAUUUGUAAGUUGAGACGCGGGCAGGAGUUGAAGAUGACGUGUAUUGCGAAGAAGGGUAUUGCGAAGGAACAUUCGAAGUGGGCGCCUACGGCGGCGGUCGGGUUUGAGUAUGAUCCGCAUAAUAAUUUGAGGCAUGUGGAUUAUUGGUAUGAGGAGGAUCCGGCGAAGGAGUGGCCGGUAUCUGCAAACGCAGCAUGGGAACAAGCCGCUCCUCCCGACCAACCGUUCGAUUACGAUGCUCAGCCGAGUAACUUCUACCUCGAUGUGGAGAGCAUCGGAACCCUCGAUCCGGAUAUGAUCAUCCAGCAGGGCAUUACGGUGCUGCAGCGCAAACUGGCCUCUGUGAUCUCGUCGCUGUCCGGCACCGAGGGCGCGGAUCGCAAUGGCGGCAUGGGCGGAGACGACGAAGAUAUGAUGGGCGUGCGCAGUCCGGAUGCGUAUGAGCCGCCGGAGGGUAUGGACGGUGGAUUCACGGCGUACGCCAAUGGCGGUGCCAGUGCAUGGGGCGCCAGUGCAGCAACACCAUACGGCGUGACACCGUAUGGCGGUGGUUACGGAUUCUAGGUGUGCUCGUUUCCACUCCUUCCCAUCACUCAUCUCACAAGGAGACCAAGCGAUGGUACUGAAAGACACCCACCAAUCCACCAACCCACAAUUCAACCAAAAAGGAGAAACCAACCAAACCAAACAAAACCAAAACAACCACAUCACCAAUUACCAAUCACCGAAGUAACAAACAAAAGCUUACUUCCACUCAGCAUCCGGAAGGAGUUCGGGGUUCCCACAUUGCUUCUCUUUUCUUUUCUAAUUCCUUCUGGCUGGGCGUGCGGAUUUGCUUUGCUCUUCUUAUCUCUAUCUCUGACUCUAACUUUUGGCCUUAUUAUUAUGCACUACGCUUCUUGAUUACUUUUCCUGCCGGGCUUGACCGGGCUUGUGAUAUUAGAUCUCAUUAUUACUUAUCUCUACAUAUGGAAUUGCUGUAUGCUAAAAAUGGACGGCGGAGGGGAG